AUGCCGGAGUCAACGAGCCGCAGGCUUGUCAAGGCUUUUUUGCUGCUGGUCUUCUUGGACAGAGCAGGACCUCGGCUAUUUCUUCCUCCACCUUCAGCAACAGUUCCAGAUAUCCCUGAUCGCCUUGAGUUCAGUCAGAGAAAGGCGGCUGCCACAGCAACAGAGGAGCCACCAACAAAGGAAAAAGAAAUGCUGGUGGAGGUGGAAGAAGGCUUGGAAAAUGCUGCCCAGGACUACCUGGCAGAUCUGAAGCAGGAAAUCAACGAAGCGCUGAGAGAUCGGAAUGAGACCAGCCUGGUGACGAUUCUGAACCACUACGGCCCCAGAUCAGAGGAUGCAUGGCUCGCCAGUUUGCUCAUGCAAGCCUUGAAGGACCUGCUGCCAGGCAUGUUUGGUGCUGAGCUGGGUUUUUUAGUGACGACGAUGGCUUACUCUGAGAUCCGGGCUGUGCCCGUUUGGCAUGUCCUUGCAGAAGCUGCCAUAGAAGCUGCAUUGCUCGAGACACAUCCCCGGGCCAUCACUGAAAUGGCCUUUGGAUUUGCUUGGGUGAAAUGGCAGCAGCCUGACCUCUUUGCACUUCUGCAUGUGGCAUUUUCGUCUUGCCUUAAGACGGCUACAGAGGAGCAAAAGAAUGUGUUUGCUUGGGCUUGCACGCGCGCUGGGCAACCUGCAACAAGGAUGCUGGGCAAGCCUUCCUUCAAGGUGGACAUGAACACGGCAGGAAAGCUUUGGGAUAGAUUAAAGAGUCUGCCGAAGAGCCGAAAGUCGGAGGUACAGACCUUGAAGAAGGAUCCGUUGCCACUGCUGAUGAUGCCUGAGGCAGUUCCCAUGAUGCAUUGCGAUGCUCUCAUCAAGCUGGCCAACGAUGAGAAGCUUUGGGUGGAAUCAAGUGAGCUAACGUCCAAGCAUUUGGACUGCGAUUUGUUUGUUUCUUCUCGAAGUUCGUCCACGGCCGUCUUGGCCUGGCAUGACUCCAAUCCAUCAGUGAAGGCAGUCCGAUCGUGGGCAGCCCAUAUCUUGGACGUGCCGGAGAAUUUCAUUGAGCCUUUGCAACUGGUGAGAUACACAGAUGGGCAGCACAUAGGAGCACAUAUGGAUUGGAACGACGAGCGGGAUCCUGAUCUUUGGGUUUUCGGUCAACGAAUGGCUACCAUGCUCGUAUAUCUGAGCACAAUGCCUGAAGGUUCUGGCGGUGAAACCAGCUUCGGCCGCUUGGGCGUCUCGGUGCAGCCCCAGAAGGGCACAGCAUUGGUGUGGCCCAAUGUAGACGAGACAGGUAAGCCAGAGAGAAGGACCAUCCAUUCAGCUCGACAUGUUGAGGGCGACAAGGUCAAGUAUGCAAUGAACAUUUGGGUCCAUGGCCAGAAGCAGCCUGACAACUCAUGGAUCAAGUGGCACCGGAGCACACCUGGAGCAGGAGAGUACUCCUUGCCAUCCGUGAGCUUCCCCGAGGUUGUGGAGCAUGGAGGGUCUCAAACAGGUGGCUGGAAGUAUGCGGAUCACAAGGCUUUCAUGGAACGCUUGAAGCUACACAAGCACACGCCAACGAGAGGGUUCUUCGAACAUCUCUACCAUGAAAUGCCACAGAUUUCCAGUGUUGAGAUCAUUGACCAUGUGCACUGGCUGGCGGACUACAUGUACCAUUUGGCACAGAAGCAAUGGAAUCUUGAUACUUUCAUCGAUGAGAAGGAGCAGGCCAAACCAAUUUCCAGCAGUGUGCCAGUGUGCCAGCAGCUGACCCACCAGGUCGAAGAGGAUGAUUUGGAUGAGGCGUUUCGGCCCUUUGGAGACCUGACCAGUUUGCAUUUGCCUUUGGACAGGAUGACAGGGUUUGCAAAAGGCUACUGUAUGCUGGAAUACCGGACGCAUGCUGAAGCAUUGGCAGCUUUAUCUGCUAUGAACGGCAGCAAAUUGAAGGGAAAACCCAUAGAAGUUGACUGGCUUUGCAAGGAGCCACAAACAGGACGUGAUGCUCGCUCGCGCUCUCCCCACAAGAAUGCGAAGUGA